UUUCGUGUGGCCUUACUCCCGAGAAAGUUCCUUUUUUUCUUACACUUUUUUUUUUAAGUACUUGAAAAAUUCAGACAAAAGCAGAAGAAGCAAAGUUCUUCUGUCUGUGUCUGAUUCUACGUCUGUCUCCGCCACCAUGACAAGCUCUUCAUCUCCUUCACGCAAGGCGUUAAGCAAGAUCGCGUGUAAUAGGCUACAGAAAGAGUUAUCAGAGUGGCAAGUCAAUCCUCCUACUGGGUUUAAGCACAAAGUUACCGAUAAUCUCCAAAAAUGGAUAAUAGAGGUAACAGGAGCACCAGGUACGCUCUAUGCGAAUGAAACUUACAAGCUUCAGGUUGAUUUUCCUGAACAUUACCCCAUGGAAUCUCCUCAGGUAGUUUUUGUUUCACCAGCGCCGCUACAUCCGCAUAUUUACAGCAAUGGACAUAUUUGUUUAGAUAUUCUGUAUGACUCGUGGUCUCCAGCCAUGACGGUUAGUUCAGUCUGCAUCAGCAUUCUCUCCAUGCUAUCGAGUUCACCGGAAAAGGUUUCUACAUUUUUAUUAACUCCCACUUAUUAUUAUCACAAAGCCACACAAAAUCUUACUAUGUCUUUAUCUCUUUCUCAGCAACGUCCGGCUGAUAACGACCGAUAUGUAAAGAACUGCAAGAACGGGAGGUCUCCUAAAGAGACAAGAUGGUGGUUUCAUGACGACAAGGCAUGAUGAUGAUGAUGAUGAUGAUGAUGAUGAUGAUGAUGAUAUGAUCAAACAUCAUAAAUAAAUGAAAAAGAGGUUUUAUAUAAUUUCCCCAGACUGAUAGUAACUAAUUGGAAUUCCUUGUGGCCUCAACUCUUUUUCUUUCUUUCUCUCUGUCUUCUGUAUGGAUGAUGAUUAUGUAUGGAAGACAUCUGAAAUGUCUCACACCUUGAAUUAACAGUUUCCGCUUUCGUCUCCCUAAAGUAACCUUGGAGAUUGAUUCAAAUUGUAUUUGGGGACA